AUGGCUUCCGCAUUCCGGGAAGACCUGCUAGAGAGCUACACGGACUCGGAACUGGCUCAUUAUAUUGUAUCUUCACCGUCAUGCGAGUCCUCCUCCCGGGUAUUCAACCUUUCCCCGAAUCUCAUAGCCAAGCAAUAUGAGUCUUCAGAGGUCCAAGAUGCUUUCAAGGCAACCGAAGUUGCUCGCCAGCUUGGGAUCCGCGGUCCUUCUAUACAAAAGGUAAUCAAAAAUCAAGAGAAUGCUUACGCUAUCAUGGGUCGGAUUCAGGGAGCUACGCUGGACGCCAUCUGGAAGAAGCUGGGCUGGGCCACGACAAUUAGGCUCGGUCUGCAGCUUCGCUGCUUUAUAAAUAUCCUCCGAUCCGUUACCUCACCCACCGCCGGAUCACUUGCUACAGGCGAAUGCAGGUCUUUCUGGCUAGAAGAUCGCUACGGUCUUCCGGCGAAUUCUGGACCUGCUGAAACUGCCCACUUCGUCCAGUUCUGGGCGAACUUUACGUCGAUGCGACGGGCAAUGCAAGCAGCAAAACAAGGCCAAACACCAAAUUCCACCGCAGGACUUGCACUUUCCCUGAUCAUCGAGCCAUUUGUCUUGACUCAUCAUGAUCUCGCGCCACGCAACCUUCUCGUUUCUCCUUGUGGUCAGCUUUCGCUCCUUGACUGGGAUUUGGCUGGUUUCUAUCCUGCCUCCUUUGAGUAUAGGUUCGCCGUCGGAAGGAGAUACGAACUGUUAGAAAAUAUAGGACCCUCAAGGUAUCCUGUAUCCCGAUUGCACAGGCAAAGCAGGGCAUCACUAAUAACUACCUGA